AUGCUUCGAUCCCUCUUUCGACGGCCGCGCGCGGUCAGAAUACCGGCGGAUGGUGGCACAGUCGGCCUGCGGAGAGUCGAGGUGACUCAGAGGACGAGCAGCCCUUCAAUGGUAGUGGGAAGAUUCGCGUUGAAUGCUGUUCUGUUCUACUGCGCGUUUCAUACGGUUAAAUUAUGGAUCAACGGGCCAGACCCAGAAAUGCAAAAGCGUUUAGAUGGACUGCGCAAAGAACGAGAAGCGGCUAAGAACAAGCCUACACAAUCAGACCACCUGAAGCCAGAGCCCUGUCAGUCCAGUAAGGUAAAGAACGACAAGGCCUCAGACAGUUCAGAAGAGUCUGGAGAGACCACCAUCAUCCCGAUAUAUGGUUGGCUGAAACAAUUGGACAAGCAAGCUUAUAGCGAGACCGAUCCGGAAUGGAAGGCCUUCGUGACCUUGCAACAUGAUGAGAGAGCUACACAAAAGUUAUACCGUGAGUUCGACGCCGCGAUUACGAAGCAGGUGCAGCACAGCAAUACACAUCUCAAGAACCUCGCUUACAUCAGAUACACGGGUCGAAUCGGCCGCGACCUCAGCCUUCAGUUGAUGCUCUCUCGUCCGCCCAGAUAUGCAAUGCGUUGUCUCGUUAUCAAGCCCAGUGGGGUGAGCUUGGGAUGGAAAGAGCUUGAGCACGUCGAUGGCACCAGAAUGCAGAGGCUACGUCAGCCUGUGGUAUUGGGCAAAGCUUUUGCCAAGGGCGUGUGGGCUUUCAGCACGACAACCACCGCUAUUACUAGAGCCAAGGUUAUGGACAUUGUGUAUCCCGAGCGCACAUGGACCUACAACUUUCAAUAUAUUCACUGGAAGGGGCACAACGUCUUGGCCAAGAUCACUGGUCAAUCUGGACUGACUCACGAGCAGGAAGUCAUUACCAAGCUGCCGUCUGCCCAGUACUCAGACGAGUUGACAAAGAGAAGAUUUCCUUUUCUCCAAGGCUCGCUUACCAAAGAGUCGCCGAACAACGCUCUGCGGUCCGCCGUCCAGACUAUCACGCAUGAGCAUGCUCUGCAGCAUUCAAUUGACAUGUUCAAGCGCGAAUGGGUCAAAGGGCAACUGGAAGCCCAGCAAUAUUCCACGCCAGGCGCAGUCAAUAUUGUGGGACACUACGACUGGAAAGGAGAGAAAGGGAAGUAUCGAGUCGAAGUUUCUGGAUGGUAUCUUCCACGCGAAGAUGCUUUCAUUGGGCCUCCUAUUAUCAAAAGGGCCUACGUCCUACACGAUUUCGCCAAAGUCAAGGUCGAGAACCGUCUACCUUCGCUCGUAACUAGUGCUCAACAGCCUUCCAAUCCGCAUCAAGAACCAUCCUCUCACUCUCCAGGAAAGCGACCAGAGUCUGCACCGGUACCUUCGGAAAAGGAACCUGCCACUGGAAAAGAGACUGGGAAAUGA